AUGAGCCCCUCCUCCAAGCCCAAAACUGUCCUGAUAACAGGAGCAAAUGGUUACAUCGGGUCCGCCGUCACGCGAUCUUUCGUCCGAGCCGGCUGGCGAACCUACGGCCUUAUUCGCAAAGAAUCCGCCAUCCCAACUCUCGUAGCUGCAGAGUGCAUCCCCGUCCUCGGCUCCCCCUCUGACACAUCCUUCAUCGCCAAGCUCGCAGAAGACAACGUCGUCUUCGACGUCCUGGUCAGUGUCACUGAAGAUAUAACAAACUAUGUCCCGCACUAUACAGCCAUCAUUUCCAUGCUGCGCGCCCUUGCGACGGCGAGUAAUGAGAAGGGAGUAAGGCCGUUGGUGCUGUUUACCAGCGGCUGUAAAGACUACGGCAUGUCUCCUUACCUGGCCGACUCGCCGGGCCUGGAACCGCACACGGAAGAAACGCCCAUCGCGCCUCCGCCUUUCGCCGUAGUGCGCGCACGGUACAGUCUCAAGACCUUCGAGCACACCGAUCUUUUCGACACCACUGUCUUGAGGCCAACGAAUGUGUACGGACACGAUUCGUCGUUCUACGGCUUCUUCUUCAUAACUGCGGAAGAGGCUGUGAAAGCUGGGGUCUUGGAGGUCAGGGAGAAGCCGAAGACGAUCUUGCAUGCUAUGCAUGUCGAUGACUGCGGGGAUGCUUAUGCGGCGCUUGCUGAGCAUUAUCUUGUUAGGCCGAAGGAGGUGGCGGGGCAGUGUUUCAAUAUCUCUGCCACUGAAUAUGAGACGCUGGAAGAUAUUGCCGCAGCGUUGGUGAAGGAGUAUGGGAUUUCCGGGGGUGUGAAAUGGGGGAACGAGAAUGGCGAGGGACCGGCGACGAAUGCCAUGCGUAUGUUGAUGGGGUUCUCGCAGUGGGUGGGGGGUGAGAAGGUUAGGUCGUUGACGGGGUGGAAGGAUAAGAGGAGGCUGUUUUCGGAGGAGAUUGGUGUGUAUAGGCGUGCUUAUGAGCUUGCAGCUGGGAAGGGGGAGUUGAAGAUUCAUCGAGCGAUCUUGCAAGUUGACUCUGCUUCCACGAAGAAAUAG